AGAAACGAACGGGUGUUUCCGGAGUCUCUAAUCCACAGGUUUCAAGGAAGCUAGCGGAAAAGUUUAUUUAGUAAUGCAAGUUAUUCAAAGAGAAAGUUUACAUUUAUGCAAGCGACGUGAACAACAAAAGGAGUGCAUUUAGAAUUGUUGUUCUGGGUACUUGCAUGGAGUGUAAUUACCAUGUUGUUUGUGUUUUAUUUAUUUUACCGGGUUCAUAACGUUAGCUAAUGGUAGCUAACUUGGGCAUCUAACUGGCAAACCCGCAAGCUAGCAGCGAGCUACGUGUUUAUCUUAGUAGUGCUCAUUUGUCUGCGUAUUUCCUCGCAUAUAUAUUUUCUCUGUAGACUCUGUAAACCGGGCUACUACUGGUCAGUUUCCAAUGUUCUCUGCACAUGCUGACGUCUUGAUAUCAGGACUAUUUAUCGAUCAUCACUCGUUUCUGGUCGCUAUCGAUCUUCAGUAUAAAGCUUUUCAUCAUGAACAGGCGUACCCCAACAUGAGAUGAAAACCAGACACCCGUUGACACAGCAUGCACUAAGUGUUGCUGACGAAUUCAAUCAAAAGGAGCCUGCCAUCAACGAAAGCUAACGGAAUUUCAGAGCAACCGCCUCGGAGAAAGACGAGAAGUUGUUUUGCGCGACAGUUCGUGUGACAUGUCCUUGCCGUCCCCGGUGCAGAUCAAGGAGGCGAAUGCGCACCUGUUCGCCGUGCACAGGCGGGUGGCAGAGCUUGAACAGCGGCUGGAGGCAGCGGAGAACACCGUGCGCGAGCAAGCGGAGAGCCUUAUCCGAAAAGACGAGCAACUUCGGGCUGCUACGCAGGAAAUCGCGGAGGUCAAGGAUAGGGAGAUCGCCUAUCUACAUGAGAAGUUGUGUAAAUCGGAGGAAACCAUUCAAAAGUUCCAUAACGUGGUGAAACAGAAGGAUGUCUUGAUCGGGCAGCUGCAACACCGCUGCCAACUGCUGGACAAUAUCUGCAAGAGCCGGCCGCUACUCGACGGCAUGCUGUCGCACAUGGCCGAGGCGGAGCGGCUGGGCCCUGUCCUCGGUCCCAUCGAGACCGUCAGUUUAUCCCUCACUGACGGCGAUUCAAACUGCAGCCCCAGCCGCAUAGUCAACCACAAGGACUUUUCCCUCAGCGAGGAUGACAUGGACGACCAAGAUAUAGACGAUAUUGUAUUUGGAACUACCGUGUAACACAGCGUGUCAGAGCCGAAUGUCAGUUUUUUUGUUUUUUUUUUGGGGGGUGGGGGGGGUGGGGGUGGUUUUGACCGAGGCUUUUCAUCUGAAAGGUAGGAAGCACCAACGCAGAGUUUUUCGGGACAAGAUGAUGCUCACCUCUUAUUAUUUUCGGUUCGCUCAUCAGCUGUGAAUUGUUUUACUUUACUAAUCUUGAGUAAGUUGCAACAGUGUAGACAGACACAGAGCUGCACGCUGAGAACCUUCUCUUUUAAAAGGGAUUUAAAAGGUUGGGGGGCAGCAGACACAACUGUUGGCAUGAUGAAGCAAGUUGAGAUCCCGGUCCUCUAAUGAAAAUUUAGUGUAUGACUGAGCCAAGUGAAUGAACACACACACCCCGUUGAAAAUUCUGUACAUUUUCAUAAUGCUGUAUUUAUCUCAUCUGUAGAAUGACAUUCAGUCAUGUUUAAAAUAUUUAUUUGACUCCAUUAACUUCAAACUUCAAUCUAAUUCUAGUUGGCAGCAAAAUCUGAAUUAUUUUACACACAACAAUGUAACAUUGGAUGGCCAAUUGUAGUAACAAAUCUGUAAAUAUUGUCUGUAAACUGUUAUGUGGCCUUGGUUGGCAUUUCCCAAAUUUCAGCAUAUUUAAAUGGCACUGAUCAUGCACUUCAUACACAGUACAAUUGCUAUUGAAAGUCAACAUAUAUUAACAAUUUGCUUGUUAUAUGUUUAGCAUUUGUAAACCGAUAAAUACCCAAAUGCUUGCUGCACAAAUCUUCAAGUUCAGUCUUAUUUGAAUUUAAAACUUAAAUCUUGUACGAAAGAAUGUCCGGUAAAAUGUCCAGUUAUUAAUGUAAAAAUGUAAUAAACAUAAACAUACAUAGACGUACAUAAACAGUUUAACUAUAGAUAUGUUUAUUUUUAGUCAUGCCGCUGAUUGAAAAGUUAGACUUAGCUAGAGGCACUUUUCAGGGAUCAUAUUUAAACAUUUUAACCUCUUAACUAUGUCAUUUAUGGCUAUCCCAGAGAAAACUUGAACCACUAUAAUGAUGAUGACGAUGAUGAAUGUAGGGAAGAAGAUCCUCUUUACUCAAAUGCCAUAUGCUGCCUGGCACGUAUCCUCCUCUUUACCAACUACCAUAGGCCUUUCCAGAAGCUGUGAUAUACGGGUACAGUUAGUGACCAUCUUUAGAAACAAAAUGGCACCCACCAUGAGUUUAUAUGGAAGCUGGGUUUCUCAUGAACAGGCUCUUUUCAGGGAGACAAAGACCGUUGUUCACCAAAGCUUUCAUUUCAAACCAGAUCAUUCUUUACAAUCAUCUUAAUGUUAAAAGGAAUUACAUGUAAAUUCAAGAUUUGAUAAGGAAAGCAAAGCAUGAAGUCCUUUACAGCCUGUCUCUGCAACAACAUUAUGAGGGAUGAGAAUGUCCAACUCCGUUUAAAGGUACAAUAGGUAAUUUCGGAUUUCUAAGGGUCACGAGAGAAAUUACGCAACAAACGCACUCAAACCACAACAUUGUUCAUCCCACCCCCUUCUCUGUGAACACGCUGACACGUUGAAACGUCAUUGGCUGUGGCUAUUAGAACCAAUUUUCAACCAAUGAGCUUGAAUUAUUGUACAGCUAUACAAUGUUUUGGUACAGUGCCGGCCUGUCAACUGCAUAUUUUGAAAACGGUGAGUCAAUAUGUCAGUGAGCCUUUUUCAGUUAUAGGAAGGGAUUUACAAUGGUCUUGGAACAAUGUUUUAACACAAAAAUACAAAGAUUACCUAUUGUACCUUAACAAAGGUAGAAAUCCCUCACACAAAUAGUCUCCUGUUCUAUUUACACACCUGGCAUUCACAUAAUUUAGUGAUGUUUUUUUACCUAAAGGCACUCAAUGAGGAUAUUUGUUGAGCACAAUUAUUUAGAUGUGAUUAUCACUAGAGAGUGUUAAUGGGUGUCUGAGCAAGAGUGUAGAAAUGUAUUGUUCCUAUGAAUUUUGCCACUUGUGGUAUGAGUACACAAUGUGCACUUUAAUCAGAGGGAUUUUGUGAAGUGAGGGUACUGUUUCAUUUUUGGUGAGAUUAAUAAUAAUGCUCGAUGAUACUAGCAAAUCGAUACAAAGCAAAAAUAGGGGAUGUGUGGCCUAAUUUAUUUUCAGUUAAUUUGAGUGGGGAUGUGGCACCCACAGGGGCAUUCCAGCAGCACAGGGUGCGAUUUGGGUUUCCGAUCACCUGGUCCGUCUUCAGGCUGGGAAGUUGCUUCGAUGAAGCAGUCUAUGCAAACGUCUAGGCUACAUUUGCCACACUUUUGCGGCUAUAUUAAGAACAUGAAUAAUCUUUGCUCCAGAUGCCACCAGCUUGCCGUGGGAGAUCAUGACAACGCACAUUGGAUUGAAAUGGGUUAAAUAAAAACGCUGCUCAUUUUUACCCCCCGUCAUCGGCAGUUUUUGUUUAUGUAAAGUUCUCUUUUUAUUUAGCAAGUCGAUGCAGUUUGCUUCAUCAUGGCUCAAAUUCCACAUUGAGAAGCAAAAGGUAUCAAUUUUCCUGUGGUUUCCCUGGCUGUGUUACACAAUACGGCUGCAGGAUACAGCCGGCAUAGAUGAUAUACUAGUGCGUAUAAAGGUCAUUUGUAGAGUUGCCCAUUUCUUUUUUUUUAUUUUAAAUAAAACUAUAACACUUAAUGAGUGUUGUCAACCUGUAGUCUGUUUUGACACAUAUGAAAUCUGGUUCCAUGUUACUAAAAUACACAAUGUGAGUUGCGAACAAUGAAGAAUGUUUUUUCUUUUUCAGCUGUGUUAAAGGAAAGACUAGGUAUAAUCCCAGGAUUCAUUUUGUUUGCUACUGCAGUGUUUACAUUUCUGUGAUGCCAGCUUGCCUCAUUAAAAUAAACCAAACAUACAAUUGCUUUGGAUAAUUUGAUAGCAGUAUUUGGAUUUUUUUUUGUACUUCUUGUUGAAAACCAUUCAGAGGAUCUGAAAUGGCAUUUGGUUCUUUACAAGUGUGUGUGUACAAUCUGUGAAAUAUUUCUUUAUCUGCAUCUACAUGAAAUGAUUUCUGAUGCCGCUUAUGAGGACACCAUUGCAGUUCAGUUAAUCCAAGACAUUACCUUUCUAUGCAAAUCUUUGUCCCAUUCGCAUUUUAGGCAAAUUAUUUUGUUCCAUAAACUGAGGAAACUGCAUGGUUCCAGUGACUUCAGAGGCAACAUUCCCACAAGCACAGGAUGUCAAUAGUCAAUUGUCCAUCAAAUGGCUGGUUUCUGCUCCUUUUGCCUUAAUUCAUACAGUGGGAGAAUGUGCAAUGUCACAACCAUCGGGAUUCAAAAAAACAUUUUAAUCCGAUCACUGGUUUCACCAGUGACUGGUCAAAUGAACGUUAGCUUCAGACAAUAUAUUCAUGUUCUAGUUCAAAAGGAAAACCAUAACUUGAACAUUCCAGUCCUAAUAUAGUCAAGCCAAAGCUAUACAAGAAAACAAGUCCUGUUGAGUUGUCUGGAUAAAGGGUUCUGGUAUUUUUUCAUGCUGAAGACAGAUAAUCUGUCUUUGAUAUGAUUUGUACAUGUGUUUAACACUGGCUUUAAUAAAAACAUUGUGAUUCUU